AUGCAACACAGCCAUGCCACUAGUAUGGCGCGAAACACCACCACCACUGCCACUACCGCUCUGACGCACUCCGCCAGCACCGCGACCAGCGACACGCUUUUCCGACUGGAGUGCGUACUGUUGUUUGCGUUGGAUGUAGUGAGGGGUCCGUACAUCCACAGUUCUGCACCAGCUAACCCACCAGAGGCAAUUCGGUCCUUCCUGCAAUCCCAGGCGGCGCCUGACUCGUCUUCCCCUGCGGCUGCUGCCUACUCUGCCGUCGCAGCGUCAAGUCUGGCAGCAGGAGCAUCGACAGUACGGUGUGGCGCGCCACCACUACAGCAGCAGCAGCCCCCGUGCCUGCGAAAGGUCUCCCCGGAGACAAUAGGCGGCGAUAUAGCAGCGGUGUUCCCAGCUGGAUCACACACUGACGCGCCGACGGCAUUACCAAACACGAAGUGGGCGAGCUCUGCCAUUCUCGCAUCGCGCUCAUUUGGGGCGAGUAGCAUUGGCACGAGCGACUGUGUGCUAGCUACUGGUUCUUUCUCCUCCUUGUACGUCCCGACACCGCCGUCACCACCUCCGCUGACCGCCGCGGUCGAUGCCCCACCACCCUCAGAACCAUCGAUGCUGCAGCACAGCGCUCGCGUGCCGCUUCUUAGCCAACCGCCGCUGCCUGCCAAGUCUUUCGUCAACCAUGCGGAUGCGACUUCCGGUUUGCCUAUAUCAAUCUUGGGUAACAUGCCCAGUAGCAGCAUGCGCAGCGUUGCCUCCUCGAACAUGGCGCCGCGUUGCCUCGUAGGGUUGAGCGACCCUCCAACCUCAGAUGUGGCGCGCGCCUACGUGGUGGGCGCCAGCGGUACCGAACGCGCCGCCUCCGAGGACAUAACGGUCUUCGGUGUCUCCCCACAGACGUGUAAGAGCGACUCACAUCGGACACUGCCGAGCCUGUCGGCCACAAUGGGCUUGUGUGCCUUUGGAGCGUCUCGGUCGGCGGGUGGCGGAGACGGGUUAGCCCUGUGCGCCAAUUCGGUCGAACACGUCGGUGAAUCGGCACACGCCAGUGAUGGACACUGCCGUGAUACCCGUAGCGAAGCACCGCGUGCACUGGGGGGUAAGACUGGCAUAGGUAGCGGUACUCCCCUAACAGGCAAACCAGCUGCGGCACGAAGUGCUCCGUUGCCUCCGACGAGCGCUACUGUGUCAGGAACGGCGGCUGACAGCGAUCGGAUGAGCGGCUACAACGACGUCUUCGUCCCACGCUCUGAGUUUUGCCGCCGAGUUCUUUGGCUCUACCCGGCUGAAUCGGGGCUGCUCUUCCUCUACUACCCGGAGGACAUUCCUGGUGAGCACUACCAACGCAAAACGCUCCGCUACUCCCUCUGCCUUGUCUUCCGCGUCGAUCACAAGCGGAUGACGAUUGGUGAUGGGCUGCUGCAUCAACGCGUGCAUCCCUACAGUGUGGUGCUGACGAAUAUCGCUGAAGAGUUGCGCGAGGCGGAGCUGAAGUACGCGUACAUGAGUCGCGGACUGCGCUCCUUCAAUUCUGCGUCGCGCCAGCUGUCGAGCCUCGCGCUGAUAUCGCCCAUAUCUUCCUUCCCCGCUCCUGCAACGGCAGCACCGCCGCCAGUAACGUCCUCCAUUACUACUACACCCGCUACAGAAGGCUCCGAAGACGUCGAAGAAGACGUAGGCCAGGCACACGUGGCAACGGCGUUAGCGCUCCCCUCCGGUGCUGCUCCGAAACCGUACGCGCUCCCCUGCAGUCGUACCACUGGGCAGAGCGGCACAGUGGCAACCGCGGUGUCGGCGGCAGCAGCACUGGGGGGUACUAUCAGGCUGCAGCCUCCGGCGGAGAUGGCGGAUCGCACGCCAGCGUUGCGUAUGCCCCCGCAGCAAUCGGCUACUCCAUCGCUUGGCGAGGGGACUGAAGGUCGCCGAAGCGCUGAAGGCGUCACGCCUACCGCUUCUGGCGGCUGCAACUGGCAGCAGUGCAAGGGCGGCGCAGGUGACGCUCAGGGCUGUCACAAUGGGGAAGACGGGUCGCUGCCACCGGGCGUGCGUGGGAGCGCCGCCUCCUCGCCGCGUGUCAUCACAAACACCGCGGCGAGCACCAUGGCGAACGCGCCAUCGCCGGGCCUCGGCACUCCGUUAUCCACGCCGAUGGGAACUCACAGUUGCUCCAGUGGUGGCUUAACGGGAGCAAUCGCAGUGGACACUGCCAGUGCCGGAGCUGAUGGUGUCGCCGGUGACGGCGGCGUUCGCGCCUCCUCCUCGUACGUCAUAAGCAUGGAAAUGAUCAACAUGGCCACCGCCCCGCCCUCGUUGCUGCCGGUGUGCAGUCGCACGAUGGGUGAGGCCGCCGCCGCCGAUCAUCCUUCGCCGGCGCAGCUGGAAGCUCUAGGAGGGUGGGUGGGCACGCCAGUCAGCCACAGCGCUGCCUUCUCGUCGCCCAGCGCCACGACGGCACCCGCCUCCGCCUUUUCUGCCGCCCUUGGCGGAACUCGUCAGCAGAUGUUGCCGCUGCACUCCACGGUAGGAGCUAAUCCCAUCACCUCGCCGCGUCUGCCCUUUCCGCACCGCGGCCUGGCUCCUACAGCAGCCGUGGCGGGAGCGGACGGCUCUACGACAGCUGUGCCGAACAUGCACAUCUUGAACGCCUUCAUUACCCCACCUACGGCGCCACAGUGGACGCCGCUGAAUGAGUUAGUCGCCGAAAUCUUCCACUGCCUAAGCUACACCAGUGAAGCACCCGACGGGACCGGAAACUGUGAGCAGGAUGGGCCGAUCGGUAGUCCUGCUGCAGGUGGACGCACACCACCGACAGUGUCGCCGACGUCUGCCGGCGCCACCAUAGGACUGGCUGCACAAGAACCAAAGGGCGCGCUCGGUGCGGAAAUCAGCAACAAAGCCUGGACGCAGCGCCCGAACCCCACCACCUCGGCUUCGCCUACCGGGCAGCAGCAGCAGCGCGGUGACACGAGUGUUGUGCACCUGUCGAGCCGUCUGAGCUUCCAUGUGCGUCGCAUGGCGCCACUGCAGUCAGCACGACUCCUCCACCUCGAUCACGUUCCUGUCCCAGUCGUUGCGUACGACCCUGCGAUGAUGGAGUGGAUGGAUAUGGCAGUCCACAACGUAUUCCGGCUCGUGGAUGGCGUUCGUACGGUGGCCGAUCUUGUGUUCAGCGUCGCCAUGGGCACCACCACUACACUUGCAGAGGUGUGCGCUGAAGCACUUCAGCGAAGCGCCAUGGAGCGGCAGGCAGCGCAGAUGAUGGCACCAACCACAAGUCUUCCAGGCUCCAGUGCCUGUACAGCGCAGAGGAGCGCCACCGCUAGUGGCGAUCGUGUCCGCAGUGCUGCCGGGAGCCCCAGUCAGCCAAUUGUGGUCUCCGUUCCGAUCGACACCCGUCUGUGCCCGUCGUUGCUGCCAGGCGUUCGCUACUCCAUCCAAACAUCAGCGGCGGCGGUGACUAUCAGCGACGGUCAGGUGCCACUCCCCAGUCAUGUCAACGUGCGCGUCACUCCUGGCGCUGCGAGUGGGCCGGGCACACUGGGCGCUAGCGCCUCUGUGAGCAGUGGCACUAGUGAUUCAGCCGCAGCAGCCCCCAUCGCAUCUGAAGAACCCGGCAGCAACAGCGUGGCCACUACUGCCGCUGCGUCCUCUUCACAGUCACUGCAUAUUGCCGUGGAGCUCCCACAGACGUGGGUGGCGACGACAGGGAUCGUGAUGGAAGCGCUUCUCCACUUGGAGCUGUGUCACCUGAUCAAGGUAUACCUCCCAUGGACCGAGGAGACGCUCUACAGCAUCACCAACAGUGCGCAACGGGCACUGUGCAGCGCUUGCCACCCAGUUCGCCAUGUCCUGGCUCACUACCUUCUCCGCGUGGCAUGGGCAGAGCGGCAGGAGCGCCGGAAGGAGCAGCACCGAGUGAUAGUGGAGCGGAAUCCGGUACAGAAAGAAAGCAUCAUAGCACAGCGCGAGGCACGGCUGGCAUCGACGUCAUUGCGUAUCAUCCCGCCUGCUCUCCCAGAAAAGCAGCACGCAAGCGCACCACUGGGAGUCGUGUCUCCACAACAGCGGUCGUCGGCAACCGGGGCGGUUGCGUCACCACCAGUGCCACCAUCAUCCACCGCACGGGCAACGGCUCCUGCAGUAACAUCGGUGAGCGGUGUCGGCAGUGCAGUCACCGCCAUCGCCGUGAGGUCACCUGAUCGCUUGAUCGACAGCAGUGCCUGGUCGCCGGCUGCUUCCCCCCGGAUGUCGUCGUCGGUCCCCUGCGCUUCCGGCACGUCUCACAUUGGACUUCACCAGCAACGGCCUCAUCAGCCUCGCUCUCUGGCAGCUGCCGGGUAUGUCGGGAGCCCCUCCGUGGUGAAUGCGCCACGGGCUGAUACUGUUUCGAUUAACGUCGGUGGCGGUGGCGCCACGCACACAAGGGGAUUGGAUCAGUACAGUGCCGACACCUACGCCUCCUCCCCCGUCUCGACAAGUUUUGCGCCGUCGUCGCUGCGGCACGAGUUGAGUGUGGGCGCGUCUGGCAGGCUGCAGCUGACUCUCAUGAACUCCCUUUCCACGUUCUCGCCGCGGCGCUCUGAUUUCGGUGGUGGCGCUGCUAGGAGUGGAACCUCGCCGAGGCUAUUCCUGGGGAAUCAAGGCAACCAAACCAGCAGCGGCUUGCUGCCGUGUUCUGCCACCGGUGUUUCGCAGCAGCAGCGACAGCAGCAGCGAUGGAAACAGUAUCCCCACAAACAAGCCUGUUUGGGUGCUGCUGCUUCGUUUCACUCAUGCAGCAGCACCAGCAAAGACAGCUGCGCCUCUGGGUCAUGUAGGUCCUCAUCGUCCGCAUCGCCGUCUGUGUGUAAUGAUGGCGACAGCUCGAGCGUGUCAUCGUCGUCGUCCUUCUCGUCUUCGUGUGCAACGUCAAUGCCGAUAUCCGUCUCGAACAUGCAGCAGCUGGUCGCGCUGUCGGUUGCGGGUGUCAGCGCUGCGCCGACAUCAGCGGUGCUGGAAGGCAUAGAGGUACCAGUUUUGUCCUCUCUGACAGCGCCCGCCGCUGAAUCAAGUGUGCUCGCUCAAGCAAGCAAAGAUGCCAUCAUUGUCGACACCGUCGUGGACCCUGUGCAACAUCCGCUGGAUCCACCCAGUGAUUAUGGCGCUGGAAUCGAACUGCCGACUGCCGAGCUGACCGCUGCGUCUGCGCUCAGGACAGCGGAGCGUCAUGCUAAGCGGACUUCCACGGCGGAAGCGUUGCAGCGGGAGAAUCGACGCCGCCACAGCCCUUCGGUUAAGGUCUUCGCCCCGACGGAAGCGGACGUGAGCCACGCCGCCGCUGCUGCCCUGUGCGCCCUCGCUAAGUUCAACAAUGCAAGCGUCUUGUCUGUGCAGAAGGAGAUGCGACGCAUGCCGGUGUGGGCCACCAGCUUCAACUACUGGUCCGACCGCUGCGUGAAGGCGCUGGUGGAGGUGGCGUUGCUGAACAACUGGUUAGAAGACGUGUCACGAUAG